AUGUCGGGGAAUGCGGCCCGGCAGAAUUACCUGCAAAUCAGAGAGCAGCAGCAGCUGAACCGCGAGCGGGCGCAGGAGUCGACCGAAGCGGAAAAGCGGGCGCAGGAAUUCCUUCAGCGCCAGAAGGCGCAGUACAGUCAUGUCUCGUCGCACGGCUACGGCCAGCUGCGGGGCGGGGGCGACGACGUGGAGAUCAAGGUGUUUAUCCGCGAGUGCGACAGGGACAGGGCGCAGACGUUCUGCUUCAUGGAGGGCGACGUGCUGCAGCGGCGGGGCGGCAGUGAGCCAAAGCCCAGGGCGCAGCCGAAACAGCAACAACCACAGUCACAGCAGCCGGCGCCGGUCUCCGCGGUGAAUGUCCCGCGGGGGGUGGUGCCGAAGUACAUCCUGCAGCGCAAGGCGGAGCUGGCGGCGGAGAAGGUCGCGGUGCUGCGGGAGUUGGAGCGGCAGAAGGAGAUCGCCAAGUACCCGCCGGGCCACCGCCCUGUCACAGAGGAGGAGCGCAAGGAGACUCUCACGAAGCUCGCCGCCCGGCGGAGGGAGCUGGAGACGGAGCUGCACAAGAUCCCCAUCCGCUACGACACGCAGUCGAUCAAGGCGCGGCGGAACAAAAUUGAGGGGGAACUCAAAGAAAUUGACGAGGCUGAGCGCAAGUUCGGUGCCGCGAAGCAGCUGUUUGUGCCCAUCUAG